AUGCCCGGUUCCUUCCUCUGGCUAGUCCCUCCCGCCUCCCACCCGCUCCACACCAUCCUAACCAACCUCAUAACCACCACCCUCCCUGCCCUCCUCUCCCCCUCCCCCCACAACCCCACCUUCGUCCCGCACCUCACCCUAACCUCAGACAUCCCCCCGGACACACACGGCCCCGACCCCCAGGCCUGGCUAGACUCGAUCCCCUGGCCCAGCCGCCCCGGCUCCGUCCGCGUCCGCCUCCUCCCCUCGGGGCCCCGCACCGACGACGACGCCUUCUUCCGCCGCUGCUACCUCCCCGUCGACCCGGGCGGCGGCGUCGCCGAUCUGGCCGCCCUGGCGCGGGCGUGGGCUGUCGAGGGCGAGGGCGGGGCUGAAUCCGGCGCCGGCGGCGAGAAGACUGCCGCCUGGCUUCAGAGUUGGUUGGCCGGGUUUGGGCCGCAUGUCAGUCUUGUGUACGGCAAUGACCCGAUCGACGAGGCGAAGCUGGAUGAGGUGAGGAGAGCGGUCCGGGAGGCCGGGGUUAAACUCGAGGGCGAGGCCCCCGUUUCCGGCGAAGACGGGUGGGAUGGCUGGGAGGGUGGGGUUAUCUGGUUGAUCCCGGCCGGCAGGCCCGUCAGUCAAUGGAGCCCUAUUGCGACCCGGGAGCUCUGA